AUGUCCCUGACAAAUGGCUGUUUUUGCGGCUUUGCUAUUGAUUCUCUGCGUAUUCGGCGGUAUCCUGUGGAACUAUACCCGGCUAAACACACUCCCCGGCCCGUUGCUUGCGGUUCUGGCCGAAGACGGUCAGCGUCUCUGACCCCUCCAUCGUCUUCUGGCUGGAUGCCGCCUGCCCUCAAAGGUCGAAGCGAUCAUCGUAUUUACCUAGACGAACAGACAGACGAUGGACCUCAACAUCAUGAUGAAAUCAAGAACUUGGUUCUCAACUUUCUCAGAGCCAUCCGAAGACAACAUACCAUGAAACUGACUGUGUUUCGUAACUUCGCAACGGACAUUGUUGGACGCAUGUUUGUGGGCGACCUUGGAGAUGACCGAGCAGCACCUAUAGGUACUCGGUCAAACCAUAUAGAUAGAUGCCGAUUUACAACAUCCCUGGAUCAUAUUAUGUUCAAGAGUCCAGUUGCUAAGCUAAAGCGCAAACGCAACAAGGGCCUAAGAUGGAUUUCCUGCGCAGGGACCUAUUCCCGGUGGAAUGAUGCGUCUAUCGUCGACGUCUUGCCGGAGACGGGCAGAAAAACAAUUCUGCAGGCAGAAACCCGUGAAUAUGAUGGUCCGUACGACUCUCUGAUUGUAAACGGAGCGGACUGCAUGGCUGCCGCAUUCGUUUCAAUGUUUCGCCAUUUGUUCAAGUGCCCUACGGCUAUGUUUCAGCUCCAGGACGAGGUAGACAACGCAUUUCGCAACUUGACUAUAUCUGACGUCCUUCAUCAAGAGACAGAGUUACACGCCCUACCAUUCCUGGAUGCUGUUAUGAAGGAAUCGAUGCGACUUGCCAUGAAAUUUGAUUAUCGAAGAGCUGUCCCUGCGGGUGGUUUAGCAGUCUUAGGACAUUAUGUUCCUGAAAGAACGGUCGUUCAGUUCCAUUCAGAGGCUUUAAGAAACAAUCGUACUACCUUCGGAGAAGACGUCUCUGAUUUUCGGCCUCAAAGAUGGCUACAGGCGGACUUGGAUCAAUGGCAACGGACACGAAUGGAGGAAGCAUUGUUGUUUCUGCGACCGAAUAUCCCGAAUUCUGCAGAAGCUCGAGCGGCUUGGCUAGAAUUGAAGCGAGCUGCUGCUUUGAUCAUCUGGAAGUUUGAUUUGCAUCCUCUCAACUAUGAGGAAGUGUUCAUCCAAGAUGCUGUCUCUCCAGAGCAAGAAUACGAGAUCAUGGUGAACUUUACUCCUAGAAUGCAUUAG